UUGUCUUACAGAGAUAGCUUUGUCCGGAGUCCGGAGAGCCAGCCGGACGACGUCGGGACCCGAACCGUCGAUCCCUUGCACCAACCCGUGCAUGGCCGGCUAUCUUCUAGAUCACUGUACGUGCGUUCCAUGUCGAUCGCUCGCUAGUGUGUGUGUGUGUCUGCUCAACAAACCGAAUCGAACCCGUGCAUGGUCAAUCUGCAACCGCGUGGCGUGGUGUGGAAAGGUGGGGGAGAGAACCUUGUGUACUAUCUGCUACUACUAUGCUCUAUCCAUGUCCUCUCCGCGUGUGCCUGUUGCGACGGUGGGGGGUGGCCAGCGGCUAGCUGGUGUGUAUAUAUAGGACCCGGACGGACCUUGGGGCAUCGAGAAGAGCAGACAAGCACCCAUCAUCAGCCAGCAGAAACCAUCGAUCAAUCGCUCGCCGGACACAGCAUCUAUUCUGCUCGCACACGCACAUACGGAUUCAGUCGAUCGAUAGGUAUAGUGAUGGAGAAUGAGAGGAACAACCAGGCUCCACCCCUACCCCCAGGCUACUACCCAUCCGCGGCUGCGGAGCAACGGCAAGGCGGCGGCGGCAGGAAGGGAUUCAUCCAAGGAUGCCUGGCCGCGCUCUGCUGCUGCUGGAUCUGCGAGAUGUGCUGCGACUAACCGGCGUGCGAGGUCGCUGCCGGCACAAGACGUUGGUGCUAGUAUAGACCUAUGAAGAGCAUACACAUAGACACACACACAUAGAGAGACAGAGAGUCGUUGCUUAGUUAGUGUUUGUUUGUUGUUUUAGGUUGUGCAGAAAAUAACCGAGAACGGCGUGCGUGAGUUGUGUCCAUGUAUACGCGAAGACUGGUUUGGGGAGAUUUGAUUGGAAGAAAAAAAUGGCCCUGACCCCACCACGUGAAAUUCGGGGGAAGAGAGAAGUAGAUUACGAAGUUUAAGUAAGUUUACCUAGAUGGUACAUAGGUGUAGGAUUAGAGUAAUGCUACACCUACGAAUGGCUUAAGGUAAUCCUUACGGGAUAAACAGCUCGCAAGUUAUGACUGGGACUAGAGAGAAGGCAGGCCACACCCCACUUAAAAUCAGGGGGGAAAGAAGUA